UAUUUUGCGACAGGACGUAAACGCGCCGGCUCGCUGCCGCCUUCACGGUUUAUCUUGAGAAAGAAAAAAAAAAAGGAAAAUAAAGCUUGUAUGCAUGUUGCUGGAAAAUUUAAAUAAUGUGACGCAAUCCUCUGGACGUAUGCGAGUCAAACAGCCUUGAUAUUUUGUUUCGUUGUGGAGGAAGACGUCUCGGUGUUUCAUAGCCUUGUUCCAUUUUUAAAGAGAACCCCUGACUGACAGCAGAGGGAAGCGAGCACCCUGGAUCCCCUCCCCAUGAAGCUGACUGCCUCCCCUGAAGCAGCUUUCACAUCUGGAUCAAGGACUCCAGUGCACUUUGUUGGGCUCCUGUAGCCCAUCCAUGCCUGUGAUCCCCAUCCCACGGCGGGUGCGCAGUUUCCAUGGCCCCCACACCACCUGCAUGCACUCAGCCUGUGGGUCGGCACACACUUCCAAGCUAGUGCGGACUAAGUACAAUAACUUUGACCUGUACCUGCGCUCACGCUGCAUGUACAGCUUCCUCCGCUUCUUGCUCUACUUUGGCUGCAGCCUGCUGACCUCUCUGCUCUGGGUGUCGCUUUCUGCGCUCUUCUUCCUGCAGUACAUCAGCGUGCGUGUGCUCCUGCGCCUGCAAUACAAGCUGUCUGUCAUCCUGCUUUUGCUGGGGCACCGGCGACUGGACUUGGGUGUGCUUAAUGACCUGAUUAUAUACAGCAUGCAGAUCACCAUGUUUCUGGUGGGGGGACUCGGCUGGUGCUUAAUGGUGUUCGUGGAUAUGUAGCUGUGUCAUGAGAAAC